AAUAGGAUUAGCUCAUGGUGGAUUCGCGAAUCGUGUGCACUUCCUCUCCUCCCGGUAUUCAUCUCGAUUUCUACGUUUUUUUUUUCCUUCCAUCGUUUUCGCCCCCUUUUGUUUUCGUUUGAGCCUCACCGACAGACAGAUCGCGGAAGACUCGCCGUUGGCAAAUCCUAAAUCGUAAUAGGAUCAAUCCUCGUCCAUCUCUUUGCUUGUUUGAUUUGAGAGACAAUUUGGUUCGGUUUUGGAGAAUGGUGGUUGCGCCGCCCAUGCCAUUGCAUUCUUUCCAUCGCUCGUUUCCUUGUGAUAAAAUGGCGGCUCUCCGUAGGUCCUGAUCAGAAUGCGGAGUUGCAUUGUGUUUUGACCAUCAAAAGGAGAGGAAGGUUCUGUUUUUGCUUACAUCGGUUUGAUGUUCCUUAUCAUGGAUAGGCAAAGAAUAAUAGAUGGGGAUGUUGUAGACUUGAGUGUGGCAUGAGUUCAGUGAUGCAACCACAGGAAGGAGCAAACGAAAUGGGCUCUAGCUCAGGGCAGGAAAAGAAUGCAUUGAAUAGGGAAUCGGGUGGAUUUGUGGGCAUUAAUGAGUUGUAUGCUGAACAAGUUCCAAACAUAACUGAGCUUCCUGUCACACAUGCCCAUUCAAAUUCCGGGGCUUCCUUGAACAGGAGGGAAGGAGAAGAAAAGCAGAGUUUGUUGAAAUUGGGAGCUGAGAAGAUAAAAAAGACGCGAUGUAAAAAGCCUCCAAAACCUCCCCGUCCUCCCACAUCUACGCCCUUGGAUGCUACUGAUCUGAAGAUGAUUAGAGAGAUAUCUGAGCUUGCCAUGAUGAAGCGGGCAAGGAUUGAGAGGAUGAAAAAUAAGAAGAAAAAUGCCAAAUCAUCAUCUUCUAAUGGCAACCUGUGUGCCAUGGUUGUUACCAUUAUUUUUUGCCUUCUUCUAAUCUGGCAAGGAGCUUUAUCAUGGGGUAAUUCUAACAUCAACCAUCAUGGUUCUCCCCAAUCUUCCAUAAGAGUAGAUGGUGGAUUCAUUUCUCUUCAAUUCGACAAGGAUGCCUCAGUAAACGGCCUCGAUGUGCCCCACUCAGCAUCUCCAACUAAUGUAGGGCCUAUAACUAACUAAGUUGAGCAUUAGAUGGAAAGCAGAAUGGAGACCUCAAUCCAAUUCCUUCCAGCAAUGGCAGUAUAAUCAUUUGUGGUUCUUGUAAGAAAUAGUUUGUACAUCACUUCGCUCUUUGUCAUUUUAUCCUUUUUGGGCAGAGACUAAAGAACGGCACAUAUCGUCUUAUGUACUCAUAGCCGUGUUCUUUGUAUAUAGGAAUUGAUAACUCAAGGAUGUGGAGUUGGAAAUUCUUUCUUUGGGCCUUGAA